UUUCUUUUUUUAAUGUCUCUUCUUUAAAUAUACUGUCGUUAUUUUCUGCAUGCAUCCUUGCCUUUCGUGUCCCUGGGUCGACAUGAGCUUCGUUUAGUAGUCUGUGGAAAAGUAAGGCGUCACUUCGUUCAGUUUUGCUGCGUUUCCUGACGGCUAGCUAGCGGAGCUAUUGCUAGGAUGGAGAACUCAGAGGCCGGUCUGUCAUCGAGGUCUCUUCCAGCGUUGGACCGGAGCGUGUCGAGAUCCUCCGGCUGUCCUGAUCAGCAGCCGGACUCGACCAGGUCCUCAAAGCACAGGGACCAACCGUCCAGGUCACCUAGGAGACGGAGGGAGGGGAAGAGGUCACAGCAGCGGGGGGAUGAUCACGAGCACCGGCUGUGGGAGAUGGAGAGGCGGAGGUUGCCAGGCCAACACGAGCACUUGGAGCCCGCCGGUUCAUCGUGCGGCGCAGCGGAAAGCUCUCCUAAGAGGAGAGCUCACUUUCUGCAUGGACCGUAUCCAGCCACUCACUUUGGACCCAAAGCCUGCAUUCUUCCCAACCCAACUUCAGUCAUGCACAUCCAGGACCCGGUCAGUCAGAGGCUCACCUGGAACAAAGCUCCGGUCAACGUGCUCGUCAUCAGGAAGAUCAGGGACGAGAGUCUGGUCGAGCCUUUCAAAGAGCUCUGCAGGUUUCUAGUAGAGGAGAAGCAGAUGAUGGUGUAUGUGGAGCGCAGGGUAGCAGACGACGCCACGCUGUCGAAGGACGAGGCCUUCGGCUCCAUCCGCAAUCAGCUCUGCACCUUCAGAGAGGGUUAUGACGAUAUCUCUGACUGCAUCGACCUGAUCAUUUGUCUGGGUGGCGAUGGGACGCUGCUUUAUGCCUCUUCUCUCUUUCAGGGCAGCGUCCCGCCAGUGAUGGCGUUCCACCUCGGCUCGCUGGGUUUCCUGACUCCCUUCAAGUUUGAGUCGUACAGAACCGAAGUGGCCAAAGUGUUGGAAGGGAACGCGGCCAUCACUCUGCGCAGCCGUCUGAAGGUGAAGGUGGUGAAGGAUAUGCUUCAGAGGACGGGGCAGCAGCCGGAGAGCAGAGAGCCGCAGAUGGAGCAUAACGGCCUCCUUCCUCAUGGACACACCAACAGCGAGGCUGGGAAGGUCACCCUGCAGCUGCAGGUGUUAAAUGAAGUGGUGGUGGAUCGAGGGCCGUCUUCCUAUCUGUCCAACGUUGAUUUGUACCUCGAUGGGCGGCUCAUUACUUCAGUCCAGGGAGACGGGGUGAUCGUGUCCACGCCCACUGGCAGCACGGCGUACGCAGCUGCAGCAGGAGCCUCGAUGAUCCACCCAAACGUCCCCGCCAUCAUGGUCACACCCAUCUGUCCACACUCCCUGUCCUUCAGGCCCAUCGUGGUUCCUGCUGGAGUGGAGCUCAUGAUCACUCUGUCCCCCGAAGCGAGGAACAACGUCUGGGUGUCGUUUGACGGCAGGAGGAGGCAGGAGAUCCAGCAUGGAGACUGCAUCAAGAUCACCACGUCUUGUUACCCCGUGCCGUCCAUCUGCUGCCAUGACCUGGUGUACGACUGGUUCGAAAGCCUGGCGCAGUGCUUGCACUGGAACGUUCGCAAGAGGCAGGCCCGACUCGCUGACGUCUCAGACUCUUCGGACACGGAGAACUAAAAGAACGACGGCAGAGGAGAUCAGGUUCGCUCCGAGAUAUGAUGAGAAAGCACCAGACUGUGACAGAGGCAGAUCAGUGUAACACUGCUGCACUGUACAGGCUGUUAUAGUGAGUUUACCCCUGAGUCAUAGUAUCUUAAUGCACACUGCGUUUUAAUUUGUCAUUUUUAUGAGAGCAUGCAGACACCUAAUGCAACAUGAGCAUUGAGGAGAUCAUAGCACUCCCCAUACAUAAAAAACAGCAUGCUAUUGGAAAAACUUAGCAUAAAAACAGCCUGAAUAAAUAAAACCUAAGUAGACUGAACUUCCUAUUACAUGUAAAUUUGUACAUAUAGAUGUCUAGUUUAAAUGUAUCUGUUAUAUUUAUGUUCGUAUACGUCAGCAAGUUGAAAAUAUUACUAACUGCUUACCUGAAGUUUGUGUUUUCCUGCAGCAUCUAGAGCCGUCAUUUUGUUUGCACUGUAGUUACGUUUGAAGCUAAAGCUGCACUCAGACUGUACAGGACUGCAGCACAACUAUGUGAAUUUCAUGUUUAUGAAACUGACAAAUAAUGAUGCAGAAAGAAAGCCAUAAUGUGAAAAUAAAAAGCCUGACAACUGUU